AUGGGUUCCAUUUAUUUCAACUUGCCUAAAUGUAUAGCCUUCACUCGAUCCAGAACUCCAUGCCCAGAAACUGCUGAAGGAAACAGCAAAUGGUGCAAAAAGCAUGAAGAAUUGCAGGGAAAGUUCAUGCGGCUAUACAAGUUACAUUCGCGUAAGCUCGAUAGUUAUACGCUGGAAAACGGCUACCCCGGAUUUCAAACGCCAGCCCUCGAUACCGCCUUGUGCCGAGUCGAAAACGAGUCCCUUACCCACAUUACCAAUGACAUGAUUCCACGUCUUGAGGAUAUGAAUCAGAUUGGCGAUCCUGAUACUUUACGGGCUUGGUAUCAGAUUGCCCGUAGAACUUGGGCUCUUGCCAACAGGGCUGUUUUGGCUCGCGAACAUCAUCAUUCCCAAUUCUAUCAAAAUGGGGAUCACAGUCAUCGCCAUUUCAAUGAAAUAUUGCGGCGCAAGCAAGAUUUGCUCGAGAGCUUGAUGACGGGUAUCGACCAAAGACUCUACCAGUUGACGAUAGGAGUGGAGGACGCCGAGUGGCUACUUUCGAAGCAACCAAAAAAGUACUCAAAAACCGAUGCUGAAUCAGACGGAAACUCCUGCGGUGACUCGGUCGUUUACGGCGACGUGGACUGUCAAGAAGAGCAGAAGUUCCUCGAGUCUCCCCCUACUCCACCUUCUUCACCAACACCGUGCGAGGAAUGUCAAUACAUCUCCGAAGAUCCAGAUCACAAGUUGAAUCAAAGAAAAAAGGAUUUGAUAGGACAAUUGACCAAUUAUUUAAAUCUCCCUCCAGAAGAUUCCGAGUUUCCCCAUUUGAUGAUACGAGAGCUCAGAGAAGUAAUUAUCAAUACAAUGCGGAUUCUCUCUGACCCACAUCGACUUUUUGUCAGAGCCAAGGAGUUUAAUCCAACUCCUGAGCUCAUGUCUUCAUCAUGCUCACACGGUCAAAACGAUUGGCGAGCCCCACAGUAUCAGUGCCCGAUUAAGGAGUUCAUCUCCGGCAAAAACUUGUCUCUCAAAGAGCUCCAGAGACUCUGGAGGCUGAUGAAAUUCGGCAAAGACAAAAUCGGCCCCGAGUUGGUCAGGAACGCCAUCGCUGACAUUUAUCGUUGUUCUCCCCAUGCCUGCGGUGAUGAUAAAUUUCGACCUACCUGCGCGAAUCACAAGAAGUCCGCCAAGAUCUGGAUUUUAGGUGGUUUCGUAUGGCGCAAGGCUGAGGAAGGCCCCUUACCCAGGACCGGCUCGGACCAUCUAACCUUUGAAGAAUGGGCUGAGAACCGUAGAUUGGUUGCAGUUGGUGGCCGCUAUCCAGAAUGGUCAGAACCGCACGAGCCCGCUAUUGACACCUUGUUCAGGUGCCUUCGAAUUGUCCUUUCUCGUCACAACUGUAACGCGAAGCUUUCGAAGGUCGAAAAAGUGAUUCCCAAAUCGAAGAAGCUACGGACCGUCUACACGGAAACUCAAGAGAGACACUAUCUACAUCUCUGCAUGUCGGUGGUUGAUCCAAGGUCGGCCAAGAUAAUCGACGCCCUCUCCGCCCUCCCGUCGACAUUUAACGUGUAUGCCAAACGAAGAGACACCAAGGAAGUUACGCACAAACCGAAGCAUGAAGAUGACCUCUGGUGCUCUAGAAUCAGAUCGGGAUAUACGACGAUUGAGCGGAAAACGAAGCGGUUUACGCCGGCCACGGCGUUCAGAAUCGACUCUAAUCUUUUCGAAAAAAACCUCAUCAGUCCAGAACAGUCAUUCAAACAUAGAUUUGAUGAUUGUUGGGACGUGCUAGUGAUGGACGCGAAGGUUGGAAGUUUCGAUGGAUUUAUGACUUCGAUCGGCAAAGUCAUCCUCGAAGUCGCCGGUUAUGAAUCCGUUGAGGCUGUCGUCAAAGGCGAAGAGAAGGAUGAUAUGCUCGUCCAAGACAGUAACUUGUAUAAUCCAAACAAUCAACUUCACUCAGCUGCUCACGACUUACAUUCAGCCCAAACCUCUUCUCUGGUUGUUCGUCGUCUGCGGUGCUACCGAUCUCUAUUCAGGGAGCCCGUCUGUCCUGAUGAAAGUUCUCCCCGAGACUCUUGGUACUGA